ACGGGUGGACUUGCUCUGCGCCUCUACCGCCACCUGCAUAAAAUCUCCGACGAUUUUGCCAUUUCACCUGACAACCAAUUGCAUCGGCUUCUAUAUCUGUCUCAAACAAAAGCUCUCAGAUAUCAUUUUGAACCGAUUUUGGACCUUGCCGGGCCUCUCCCCCAAGCCCUACGACACCGGCAAGUCGUUGCCGGCGGCCUUCUUUGGCCGCACCGACUCGGCCUACCUGUAUCUGACCUGCGACUCUAAGAUCCGCGGCGCUAACAAGCUCGCGUCGCUCCGGCCGCCGUCACGUGCAAAGCCGACGCCGUCGUCCUCUGAAUCUGGUAUUGUGUGCUUCCGGAUCGCAUUCUCUGUGUAGAUCCGAGCGCUGUCGGCGUUUCUCGGUAUUCCGCCAUCGACGUUGCUCGCGUUCUCGUGCUCCUUCUCCGCUUGCCUCGGCCUCGUCGUCUCCCAAGGAAGGCAGAGUCCCUCGGUCUGUUGAGAGAGGCAGAGUCAUGUCUUCAGGCGAAGAAGUCUCUUCGGUUUCAAAGCGUACCUUAUCGUGCUCCACCUGCUUUGACGCUCUCUGGUUUUGCUAUUCUCCAGUUCAUCAGAUGCAGCAAUAUUAUAGGCUUGGGACACUUGAUAACUGUGGUGGGAAAUGGAGUGCUCUUGUGGAUUGUUUAACUUUGAAGACAAAGCGGUCAGCUGAAGUGCAGGAAAUUUUGGAGUCUCGUGAGAAAGCCAAGGCUCACAUCUGGACUUUUCGAACCCCAGAAGAAGCAUCAAGUAAUUGGAAAGAACAAUUUGGACAUUUAGAUGAAAUGGAAUAAUGGAGAUUCAAUUUACCAUCCAUCUUUCAACUUUUCCCUGUCAUGUGCGGUGAACCUCUGAACUUUUAAUUUAAUUGAAAGGAGUCCUAGGAUGACUCUGUACUUUCUUCAGUAGCUAGAAGGAUUAUAUUGAAGACAAAAAUUGAAAGACAAGCAUUUCUGGGCAUGUCGUUGAUCCAAAGUGAACAUUGCAGCAGUCAGGAAGUGCGAUUUUUGUUCUGAAAAGUUCUGUAUUUAGUGAACAUUAAAGGGAUGCCGUCCUUUUGUUACAUGAGGUUGACAAUGCACUGUUGUUUUAGGUUUUGACUAUUGUCCGCAUGUAAAUUGAAAAUCUCUCACAUGGCUGUGGGAAAGAAGAGCAAGAAAAAUCAGAUAAUACAUGCUUUCAGUGCUUUAUUGUUAUA